GGCAGGAUGGGGAAGCAGAACAGCAAACUGGCCCCUGAAGUCAUGGAGGACCUGGUGAAGAGCACGGAGUUCAACGAGCACGAGCUCAAGCAGUGGUACAAGGGCUUCCUCAAGGACUGUCCGAGCGGGAGGCUGAACCUCGAGGAGUUCCAGCAGCUCUACGUGAAGUUCUUCCCUUAUGGUGAUGCGUCCAAGUUUGCCCAGCACGCCUUCCGAACCUUCGACAAGAAUGGAGAUGGCACCAUCGACUUCCGAGAGUUCAUCUGUGCCCUGUCCAUCACCUCGAGGGGCAGCUUCGAGCAGAAGCUGAAUUGGGCCUUCAACAUGUACGACCUGGAUGGUGACGGCAAGAUCACCCGAGUGGAGAUGCUGGAGAUCAUUGAGGCUAUCUACAAAAUGGUGGGCACUGUGAUCAUGAUGAAGAUGAAUGAGGAUGGUCUCACGCCGGAGCAGCGAGUAGACAAGAUUUUCAGCAAGAUGGAUAAGAACAAAGAUGACCAGAUCACACUGGAUGAAUUCAAAGAAGCUGCAAAGAGCGACCCUUCCAUUGUUUUACUUCUGCAGUGCGACAUCCAAAAAUAAGGUGAUGUCAGAGCUAUGGACCGCACAAGUCUCAAUGUCCCAUUCAGUCUGCAGCCACACACACACACACAAAUA